AGACAGCUAUCAGUGUCGCACCGGUCGCCAUGGCGAGCACACGUGCAUUGCAAAUUAUUUUAAUAUUAACUUUGUGUUUGGGACUUCAAGCCAAAGUGUUUACGAGAUGUCAGCUGACCCGGGAACUGCUCAAAAUUAAUUUCUCGAGGACUUUUCUUAGUAACUGGGUAUGCUUGAUUGAACAGGAGAGUGACAGAAAUACUUCUGCCUUAGUCGUGAAAACGUCGAGAAGAAAAUACUAUGGACUGUUUCAGAUUGGAAGUGAGUGGUGCAAAGAGGGAAAGAAGGGCGGCAAGUGUGACAUCACAUGCGAAUCCUUACUAGACGAAGAUAUCAAGGAUGACAGUGUAUGCGCCAACAAAGUCUUCGAACAAGAAGGGUUUAAGUACUGGUCGAAGUGGGAGGCGCGGUGUAAGGGACACUCGCUACCUGAUAUAGAAAAGUGUCCAGACUGGGUGCAUCCGCCACCGAUCAGGAGCUCUCCUCCCCGCGACAAAAGAACAGCGAGGGGCAAGAGAAAUAUCCGAAGGUUCUCCAGAAGAUCAAUAAUGUUGAACCCGUUAAUUUAGACUGUGACUAGGAUAAGAAUCUGUUGUUGUGUCCUUCACACAUGAAGUUGAUUAUGUUUAAUUUGAUCGUCACUUGUUUUCCUAUUGUUUAUUUAAAAAUAUUUAAAGAUUUUUUUCGAGAAGAACAAAAGAAUAAUUGGCUGUUAAUCUGUGGAGUUUAUAUAUAGUUUAGAAACUUCUUACAGAAUAAUUAUGUGGUUCUCAAAUUUUGUGAUUAUUUUAUGAACACGUGUAGCUGGUCUACAUUUAAUAUUUUUCUGUGAAAAAUCAAGAGUUGUGUUGCAGUUCAUUACUUUGCAUUUAAGUGUAUUGUUGUCUUUUAAUAAAUUGUUUUGAACUUGA